CCAUCAAUUAUGUAGCAGCUUCGUGGGAUAAAGUGAAAGAGUUAAUGAUGGAAAAUUGUUGGAUGAAGACUGGUAUUUUACCCUUGGCAUCAAAUGAUAAUGUUGAACUUGCACAAAAUACGUGCUUAGAAUUAAUUGAAUAUGAGGAAAAUUCAGAUGAUUCUGACAAAGAACUGCCAAAAAUCACUGCUACUGAAGGAAUAAGUGGAUUGAAAAGUUUUAUAUUGUUUGCUAAACAACAAAUGUGUGACGAUUUCUUUUUCAAUAAUAAUGAUUUAAAAGUAUUUUGUAAAUACUUAUCAUUAAUGAAGCGAAAAAUUACUGAGUCUAUGAAUCAAAAACCUAUUACAGAUUUUUUUAAAACAGCAGAUCAAAGUAUGUCUAUUAAUGAUAAUAAUUUUUUUAAUGAAACAGGAUUUUUUGAUGACAGUAAUGUUUUUCCUAAUAACAAUAAUUUUUUUGGUGUCAAUAAUUUUUCUGAUAGCAAUGAUUUUUCAGGUGACAAUUUUUCAGGUGAUGAUGAUUUCUUUGAUGACAAUAAUUUGUCUUAUUAUUAUAGGUUUUCUGAUAACUAUGAUAGUUCUGAUGAUUAUUAA